CGCGACUUGCGCAUAGCCUUCGCCGAAGGAGUACUCUAACAUUUCCUGUACUAUCCUUGGAACUCUCUCUUUCUCUGGCGCACUAGCUCCCAAGAUGUUCACGACGCGUUUUUCCGCAAGACUGCCCCUCCAAGCAUCGCGUUUCCCGGCCGGACCGGGGCUCGCAGCGCGACUCUCGAAUCAACAGCGCUUCCGCAAAUAUACCCAGACCCCUCCCCCCAGACCUCCGCACCCUUCACGCCCUUCUCCCACUUCCCCUCACCACCGCCAUGAAGUUCAGGAGGGAACUGUCGCCGUGAACCUCCCCUUCAACCCACCAGGCGGUCCGCCCACCCCCAACAUACCCAUCCAGCCAGAAGGUCCCGAGGGCGGUGGGCGUCACCCCCUCGCCGACGCAGCACUCACGACAGUUGUUGGUCUCGGUCUCGUCUUCGUCGGAGGGAUCGUCUACGUCUGGUGGUACAAGAAGAACGUCCUGGACAAGAUUGAGCUCGCCUUCACCGCCGGCUACGACCCCGCCCUCGAACUCGCGACACAUCCCACAAAGUCUGAAGACCAUGCUGACAUUGACGCGGACGAAGAGAUACCCUGGACUCAGCAUUUACGUCGUAAUGAACAAGACUUAAUUGACCGUAUAAUAGACGGGUCCGAAACAGGUCACUAUUGGGUGCUUUUGGGACCGAAAGGCUCUGGAAAGGGUACGAUGAUAUUCGACUCUAUGGCUGCCAUAAGCGCAGACGGUGUCGCUAUGUGCGAUGCCCACCCGGACUUGGAAGUCUUCCGACUACGUCUCGGCAAGGCUCUGAACUACGAGUACAAUGAAGACUCGCAGACUGGGCUGUUCCAGCGCCGUGAUCCUCGAGAAGGCGGCCCUGCGCUGGAUAUUGAGCGCGCCCUCAAUAAACUCGAGAAGGUCGCGCUCCGGAUGAACGCCCGGCGACACAAGCCCCUUGUUCUCGUCAUCAACAACGUCCACUUCUUCAAUAACGAUGAGUCCGGGCGCAAUAUCCUCCUGCAGUUCCAGCAGCGGGCGGAGUCGUGGGCUGCGAGUGGCAUUGUCACUCUUGUGUUUACUACUGAUGACUUCUGGCCCUUCUACGUGAUGAGAAAGAGCGGUAGCCGCAUGCAUGUUCUCUCCAUUUCGGACCUCAAGCACAGGGAGGCGUUGGCGGCAAUGCGUCGCAUACGUAUGAACGCAGGGAAGACCGUCAACAACUCGAUCAUCGAGAAGGUCGUCUCGACUGUCGGAGGCAGGCUAUCAUACAUCAAUAAGGUGGCAAGGGCGCGCGACAUGGAACUGAUGGCGGAGGAGAUGCUUGAGAUCGAAAGCGCGUGGCUGCUUAGCCAAAUUGGCCUCAUUACCGACUGCGACGAUGACGUGAUGGACGAGCAAAAAUGGAGCUCCUGCUCCUGGCUCCUGUUACAAGAGUUCGUCAGGCUGCGACACGAGCAAGAGAAGGAGCAUGCGGAAAAGAUUGCCGCGGGCGAGCCCUUUUACGCACAUGUCAAGCUGCCCUCGAUACCCUACGCGCGCUGUCGCCAGUUGAUGACGCGCGCGGAUUUCUUGGAAGAACUCGACCGCAGGAACAUCAUCGCGAUUGAUGUCAACCACAACGUCCGCCCGGACUCUAUGUUGAUCUUGCACGCCGCCGAGCGCGUCGUCGACGAUCCCGAAUUCCAGGAAACGAUCGACAGCGUGCGCGAUCGCAUUGACGAGAUCGAGAGCUUGCAUCGGACGAGGGAGUUGACGGUACGUCUUGCUUGCUUGAGCCUUCCGUUGCUACCCUUUCGAUUUCCUGGAUGCUUCCCCCAUGCACCCUUUCGUCUUGCAUGCGCAUAUCUGAUAAUCGUCCACAGUUCAAGGACCUUGCCCCAGGCGAUAAGAUCAAGCUAUACGUGGAUAAGGGCUCUGAUGACCAGGGCAGAUUAGUAUAAUUGACAUUUACUGGCUCAUUAUCGGACUAUUGAAACGAAGUGAUGCUCUGCAGAGCUGUAGCCAUAUACACUUGCGAUCAAAAUGAUUGCAAGAUCCACGGUUGUCCGAAUCAGGAUAGUCCCUCAGCGCUUCGUAGAUUCCAGCACGGUGCCCCACCGCUGUAAUGCCUACUGCACCAGCAUACCAUGCAUGCAGUAUGAUUGAGCCCAGAGCUCGAGGAGGGCGAACAGCGCUCGAUAUCUUUCCCGGAAAUCUUGCAAUCUUUUUGAUCGCAAGUGUAUCCUUGCUGUAUCCUCAGUAACUAUCCAUGGUGCAAGUCAUCCCAAGCC